AUGAGCUAUCGGAAGAGUCCAUCAUUUCAAGAGGUAUGUGCAUCGUCGUCCCAAACGAUAGUUCCAAUUCGACAGUCGCGUCGUGAGAAUAUUCUUCGUUCGAGACGGAUGAUCCAAGAGCCUUCUCUCACGAAUUUUAGUGUGAAAGUUGAUAUGAAAGAUCUUUACCAAAUCAGUGAAGAUCUUCACAAUAACAGAGACGUAGAAAUGUGUGUCAAGAAAGUGAAGUACUUGUGUCACAAAACGGGGUAUAAAUGCUUAGACGCGAUGAUGGACUUAAAGAUCUUUUCUGACUUAUUUCGAGUGUUGGUCGACCCCAAUUCAUCAUGUGUGACUGUCGCAUUCAUUCUUUGGAUCUUUUUUAAUAUGGCGACUAUCAACGACGUCUACGCGAUAUACUUAAAGAAGAAUAAUAUCCACAACAUCUGUCUGUUGUAUAUGCAAAGCACUGAUUUGACGGUCCGAAUGAACUCUUUAAGUCUUUUGGCGACAUUCACAAAGGUCGACCACUUUUUUAGUCUUGAAGAGACAGUGAAUGUCUUCAUUCCAAAAUUGGUGAGUACUUUGAACACUUUUAAAGAGACGGAAAUGGUCGAGGCUGUCGCGACGUGUUUAGAAGCAAUCACUCGGACUUUUGUGAUACCUUUAGAGUAUUUGAGUCAAUUACUUUCGCUCUUCUUUUUACUCCCGAAUUACCCAGACAACUUCUUGGCGUCGUUGUCGAAUCUUGUGAUGCAAAAACCGAACCACAAAACUCUCUUGAGUAAGCCAAAUCUCUUAGAAACAAUAGCAAGUGAGCUUGAUGGAGUACAAUCUACAGUGUCACAGAGUGCUCUGAACUUUUUGAUCGACGUCUCGGUACUUAAGCAGAAAUAUGCACAAAAAUUGAUGGAUCAGAAUGUCUUAGAAACAGUCACUCAAGCGUUUAAAGAGUCUUGCAGACUUUUCGACGACAACAAAAGUCUGUCUUUUUGCAAUUACUUCAUUCUCUUUGGAAAUCUCUGUUUGAUGGGGUUUCGUGCCGUCGCCGUGCUGAGAAGUUAUAACAUCUUCUCGUACAUCUUCCAAGAAACAACACAGCCAAAUAUGUUCAGUGACACCGACCUCCCACAACUCAUUUUUUUAUUCAAUAACGCAUUCCAAAUGUCCUCAGAGGAAGACAAGGAGUACCUCAUCUGCCAACAACUGUAUUAUAUCUAUUUGAACUAUUUGAAACUCCCCGACGUGGAUUCUAACUCGGUCACAACCGCUUUAAUAACACUCAAAAACUUCAUGGAUUUUUCUGAGGAGAAUGAAAUGGGGACAAAUCACUAUUUCAUUGAAAGUGGGUUGCAUGACAUCGUUGAGGAAUUAUCUGGAAAUCACGUGAAGAAGGUGUCCGAUAUCGCGUCAUGUAUUCUCGGUGUACAUGGUGAUGAAGAUGAUGAUGAUAUCUUAUGA